AGAGAGCAGCCGGGGCUGCGGAGCUGGAGCUGGAGUCACAGCCGGAGCCCGCGGCAGAGUCAGAAUCUGGGGUCGGGCUGGAGCGGGCUCCAUCGACAUGGGAUCCGCAGACUCCAAGCUGAACUUCCGGAAGGCGGUGAUCCAGCUGACCACCAAGACGCAGCCCGUGGAAGCCACCGACAAUGCUUUCUGGGACCAGUUCUGGGCAGACACAGCUACCUCGGUGCAGGAUGUCUUUGCGUUGGUGCCGGCAGCAGAGAUCCGGGCUGUGCGAGAAGAGUCACCCUCUAACCUGGCCACGCUGUGCUACAAGGCUGUGGAGAAGCUGGUGCAAGGAGCAGAGGGUGGCUGCCACUCUGAGAAGGAGAAACAGGUCGUCCUGAACUGCAGCCGGCUACUCACCCGAGUGCUACCUUACAUCUUCGAGGACCCCGACUGGAGGGGCUUCUUCUGGUCCACAGUGCCCGGGGCAGGGCAUGGAGGGCAGGGCGAGGAAGAGGAUGAGAACGCUCGUCCCUUGGCUGAGUCCUUGCUCCUGGCCAUUGCCGAUUUGCUCUUCUGCCCAGACUUCACUGUGCAGAACCACCGGAGAAACGACGUGGACUCAGCAGAAGAUGUCCAUUCCCUGGACAGCUGUGAAUAUAUCUGGGAGGCUGGUGUGGGCUUUGCUCAUUCCCCACAGCCCAACUACAUCCAUGACAUGAACCGGAUGGAGCUGCUGAAGUUACUGCUCACGUGCUUCUCAGAGGCCAUGUACCUGCCCCCAUCUCCAGAGAGUGGCAGCACCAACCCCUGGGUUCAGUUCUUUUGUUCCACGGAGAACAGACACGCGCUGCCCCUCUUCACUUCACUCCUCAACACCGUGUGUGCCUAUGACCCUGUGGGCUACGGGAUCCCCUACAACCACCUGCUCUUCUCGGACUACCGAGAGCCCCUGGUGGAGGAGGCUGCUCAGGUGCUUAUUGUCACCUUGGACCAUGACAGUGCCACCAGCACCAGCCCCACCGUGGAUGGCACCACCACGGGCACAGCUAUGGAUGAUGCUGAUCCUCCAGGGCCCGAGAACCUGUUUGUGAACUACCUGUCCCGAAUUCAUCGUGAGGAGGACUUCCAGUUCAUCCUCAAGGGGAUAGCUCGGCUGCUGUCCAAUCCCCUGCUCCAGACCUACCUUCCCAACUCCACCAAGAAGAUCCAGUUUCACCAGGAGUUGCUUGUUCUCUUCUGGAAACUCUGUGAUUUCAACAAGAAAUUCCUCUUCUUUGUACUGAAGAGCAGUGACGUGCUGGAUAUCCUGGUUCCUAUCCUCUAUUUUCUCAACGACGCCCGGGCAGAUCAAUCUCGGGUGGGCCUGAUGCACAUCGGGGUCUUCAUCCUGCUGCUCCUGAGUGGGGAGAGGAACUUUGGGGUACGGCUGAACAAGCCUUACUCAGUGCGCGUGCCCAUGGAUAUCCCGGUCUUCACAGGCACACAUGCAGAUUUGCUCAUUGUGGUAUUCCACAAAAUCAUCACCAGCGGUCAUCAGCGGUUGCAACCCCUCUUCGACUGCCUGCUCACCAUUGUAGUCAACGUGUCUCCCUACCUCAAGAGCCUGUCCAUGGUGACUGCCAACAAGCUCCUGCAUCUGCUCGAGGCCUUCUCGACCACCUGGUUCCUCUUCUCGGCGUCUCAGAACCACCACCUGGUCUUCUUCCUUCUGGAGGUCUUCAACAACAUUAUCCAGUACCAGUUUGAUGGCAAUUCUAACCUGGUCUAUGCCAUCAUCCGUAAACGUGCGGUCUUCCACCAGCUGGCCAACCUGCCCACUGACCCACCCUCCAUCCACAAGGCACUGCAGCGGCGGCGAAGGACACCGGAGCCCCUGUCCCGUACUGGUUCCCAGGAGGGAACUUCCAUGGAGGGAUCCCGCCCUGCUGCCCCUGCAGAACCAGGCACCCUUAAGACUAGCCUGGUGGCCACUCCAGGCAUCGACAAGCUGACAGAGAAAUCCCAGGUAUCAGAGGACGGUACCUUGCGGUCUCUAGAGCCCGAAUCCCAGCAAAGCUCAGCAGAAAACAGCCCAUCUGAUGGGGAGUCCAGCCAAACAUGGAGAGAGCAACGGAGAUUGUCCAAUGCAUCAGCCAGUGGCCAGUGGAGCCCAACAUCAGAUUGGAUCUUGUCCUGGAAGUCAAAGCUGCCGCUGCAGACCAUCAUGCGCCUGCUGCAGGUCCUGGUUCCCCAGGUGGAGAAAAUCUGCAUUGACAAGGGUCUGACGGAUGAGUCUGAGAUCCUGAGAUUCCUGCAGCACGGUACCCUAGUGGGGCUUCUGCCUGUGCCCCACCCCAUCCUUAUCCGCAAGUACCAGGCGAACUCGGGGACUGCCAUGUGGUUCCGUACCUACAUGUGGGGCGUUAUCUAUUUGAGGAAUGUGGACCCACCCAUCUGGUAUGACACUGACGUGAAGCUGUUUGAAAUCCAGCGGGUGUGAGGAUGUCGACUUGAGGGAAUAGGGUCGGAAGAGCUGGUUCUAGUCCCCAGUGCUCCCAAACCCAUUGUUCUGAGCUUAAAGAUUCAUUAUCAGGGUGUGGGGCGAGCAGAGUAGUUGGUCCUGAAAAGUGCCCCUCUGCCCUCCAGGCUGUUCUAGGAGCCUCUUGUCUCCUCCAGAGAUACAACCCCAUCAGAACCCCUGCCUACUCUGGCUCCUCCUCCAAGACCUGCUCUUGUGCUGCCUGCCCCCAGAAGCUGCCAGGUCACUGUGCCCUAAUGGGUUGUCUCAUAAAGGAGCCAUGUGCUGCCCCGUGAGGGCACCUAGUCAUGGUAAAGGGAGUUCUGGCUGCCUAGUCUGAGACUACUGUUCCAGGCAUUCCUUUUGCCAGCGCCCUGGCUAGGAAGAGUGACUCAGCCGCUAGUGAAGGAGGCUGGAGGCUGACGCUUGUGAAGCAGGACCGUGGAGUGUGCUUCAGGGGCUUGGAGUAGGGUAUUGAGAGUACCCUGUUACUGUCCGGGGUCGGGGGAAUCUGCCUGGCUGGCAGAGCCUGAAGGAUGUCGGUGUCCCUGCCUUAUCUGCGGCCUGGGUGGUGGGAGUGUGUAAUGAGCCCCAGCUCUGGCCUCCUGGUCGCCCUUGCCCUCCCUGUGUCAGUACAAUCUUUGCUCUGUACAAUCGGCCACUUUACACAAUAAAAUGUCCCUCCCA